AGAGCUGAAGACUGGGGCAGUGGAUAAAGACACAGCGACCACAGAAAGGGUGGAUUACAGGGCCUCAGAAAAGGGUUUAUGGAAUAAGACCAGCAAGGAAGAGGAAAAAGGCUGAAAAAAUACAAAUCAAGGAAAAAGAGGAAAAGAAAAAGCUGGUGCGUAGUGCAUGUUUUGCUGCAAGUUUUAUUGCAUUGUGCAGAUGUACUAUCAGUGCUAGAUAGCAUUUGUGCUAGUAACGGCCUUAAUUAAAUGGCCAUCCUUCUGGGAACAGAGCAUGUCUAAGUCUUGCUAAGGGCCUGCCUUUGGAGAUCUUGUAGGGCACCCGUUUCCGUUCAGCGAUGUCCCUGUUUAAAGGACCCACCAAUCAAACUCAAGCCCAAUCAGGUGGAAAACUAAGAUAUGAAUGAAGGAACAGCACUGAGAAGAGGAAAAAGAGGCACAGAAAUUAAUCAACUAGACAGGAAAGAAGAGACAAGAGGAGCAGCAAGAGGGGAGUCACGCUGUGCUGCUUGGCCUUGGACAGCAUCACUUUAGGAGAUCAGUUUUUUGGUAAUCCCACAGGUAGCCACUGGAAAGACAGACAGACACAGACCAGACUAAGAUUGGUGAGGUGAAACGAGCAAUAGAACAUAGAGCAAUAGGAGCACGGGAGUAGGAAAAAGGGGAGUGAGAAAAGCAGGGAAGAGAAAGAACCGGUGGGAUCAAGGUGACGUCAACAGCUCACUGGAUUGAGGUGUUGAGUCCUGCUGAUUUUAAUCUGAGCUGAUUAGGAAACAGAAGAAAAAACCCAGAGCCUCAGCAAGCUGUCUGGGGAGCAAGACAAGAGAAGUCUUUUUUUACUUAGAGAAGAAGCCAAGGACCUGAAGAAAACACUGAAAGAAGACCGACAAAUCCAAGAACCAAACUAAUAAGAAAAGGCAGAUAUUUAUCAGAAGAUUUACAAGAAAAAAAGAGACACCAGGCAAGUAAAUCAGGAAGCUUGUUGUUUUUUGAAAACUUCAUCCUUUGUGGGAAAUAUAUCGCUUCUGUUAAUCAGUUUCAUAUCUGCUCCUGCAAUCUUCUCCUGCAUUCACCUGAGUGGACGACAAUGCCCACAAAUGGCAAUAAAGCCCUCAAGCUCCAAUUUGGGCUGAUUAACUUUGAGAGCCGUUACUUAACUGCAGAGGCAUUCGGGUUCAAAGUGAACGCUUCAGCACCAAGUCUCAAGAAAAAGCAGAUCUGGACACUUGAGCAAGAUGAGAAAGAUGGGCAGGUCGUGUACCUGCGGAGCCACUUGGGCCGCUACCUGGCAUCUGAUAAAGAUGGCAAGGUGAGUUGCGAGGCUGAGUCACAAGAGAGCGACUGCAGGUUCCUAAUUGUCGCACAGUCAGACGGUCGCUGGGCCCUGCAGUCCGAGCCACAUCUGCGUUUUUUUGGAGGGUCAAAAGACUAUCUGUCCUGCUUUGCUCAGACCAUUGGUGAAGCAGAGCUGUGGGCCAUGCACCUGGCCCUGCACCCACAAGCAAACUUGCUAAGCGUAGCUCGCAAGCGCUAUGCCCACCUGUCUGCACCUGAGGGUGAGAUAGCUGUGGACAGCAACAUCCCGUGGGGCGUCGAUGCUCUCCUAACCCUGGUUUACGUAGAUGGCAAAUACUGCCUAAAGACCUGUGACAGCCGGUUUCUAAGCAGUGAUGGGAAGCUGUCUUUUGAAAAUGGUCGCGGAACAGGAUAUACCCUGGAACUGAAAUCUGGUAAAUUAGCUUUCAAGGACUGUGAAGGAAAGUACUUGAGCCCCAUGGGGCCAACAGGCACCUUACGUUCAGGACGCUGCUCCAAACCAGGCAAGGAUGAGUUGUUUGAUCUGGAAGAAAGCCAUCCACAGGUGGUGUUUCAGGCCGCCAAUAACAGAUUUGUCUCAAUCCGACAAGGCGUGAGUGUCUCAGCGAAUCAGGAGGAUGAAACAGACAUGGAGACAUUUCAAAUGGAGAUCGAUAAAGACAGCAAAAAAUGUAAGUUCAGGACAAAUGAAGGCAACUACUGGACGCUUGUAGCUCACGGAGGCAUUCAGUCGACAGCCAGAGAAGCAGGCGCCAACACCAUGUUUGACAUCGUGUGGCUCGGACGGAGGGUGGCGCUACGAGCUAACAAUGGGAAAUAUGUGUGCACUAAGAAGAAUGGACAGCUCGCUGCAGUCAGCGACUCAGUAGGGGAGGAUGAGCAAAUGAUUCUAAAGCUGAUCAACAGGCCCAUCCUAAUCCUACGAGGGGAGAACGGAUACGUGUGCCACCACAAGAAUUCAAACACACUGGACGCCAAUCGCUCAGUUUAUGACAUCUUCACAUUAGGCUUCAGUGACGGAGCAUAUCAUAUUAAAGGUGCAGGAGGAAGGUUCUGGUAUGUUUCCAGCAGUGGCAUGGUGUGCUCUGAUGGCGACACACCUGAAGAUUUCUGCUUUGAGUUCUUAGAACAUGGGCGAAUUGCAAUAAGGGGCAAGAAUGGCAAGUAUCUGCGCGGAGACCAAGGGGGCACACUGAAAAGUGAUGGAGAGAAUGCUGAUGGCUCAUCUCUCUGGGAAUAUUGACACCUAGUGGCCAUCUUGGAUACUGUCAUUCUCUUGCCACCUGAAACUUUUGGACUUGCUAUGGAAGCAGUGGAGGAUGCAGUAUGUGUGAAUGUGCAUGUUUGGAAACUGAGCAAUUUUGUGGGUAAAUAAUAAAAUCAAUUUUCAGUCACCAUUAGUUUUUGUGUCAGUAUUCUGAGUUACUUAUAGGCUAACAGGUUUUAUAAAUCUGAAAUUUAAAAAACUUUACGCCUGUAGUAAACUAGCAAACACUGCAUACACUUAACUUGAUUUUCCCCUGUAAUAUUAUUUAUUAGGUUUAAAGUGUAAAAAGUUAACAACGUGCCCCCUGUUAUCUCUUAGGUAUAUUUCUAGAUGUAUAAUUUGCCUGUUUGUGUUGUUAAUAUUUAGCACUAUUGAGCAGUCACUUUUCAAAAGUGUUCCUCUUUGACACUAUACAACCUUACAUACACCCAGAGCCACUAUGGUUUUCUGCCUGUGGGCCUUAACCAAUACUUUUGACUAUGUUCUACCUGUUGUCCCUCCCUGUAUGGUUUCUUUGCCUUUCUGCCUCUCUAUUCUUGCCAAUUCUGAUGGACUCGAAAGACAGUAGUUCAAGUUACACAUUUCUGCGUGUGUUAAGACACUAUUGAGUGUAGGAGCACAUAAAAAUAAAUCUUUAUUAUUUCUGCAGAAAGUGAAGCUUCAUGUUUUAAAUGUUCUGAAGAAAAUCAUUCAUCAUACAAACCAUUUCCUCUGGUACCAUCUUACCAUUCAGCAACAACUGUCUCUCUUUCUCUCUAUCUGUUUUCCCCUCUAAUGGGUUUUAAAAGCAAUAGAAAUCAUCUGUCUGUGAUUUUAGAGUGAAGUUCACUAGUGGUCAAGAGGAUAAAGGACAAUCAGGCAACUUAAUGUUACUUGAAAAUUGAUUAUAAAAGUGUAUUUUGUAAGACCUGCUGUAAUGAAGCUUUAAACACUGAAUUGCUUUUUUUCCAAUAAAACAGUCUCUGCCAAA